GCAGCGGCAGCGUGUGUCCGGCGGCGCCCAUGCGGGUCUGCGGCGAUGCGAGCGGGCUGCGCUCGGCUCCGCUCCCCGCCUAGCCGCCCCGGCCGAGCAUGGGCUGCAUCGGCUCCAAAGGCACCGUCGUGGCUGUGGACGCGACUUUGCAUGUGGAGUGGAAUGAGGUGAAGGCCCUGCCUGCCUUCUCGCCCGUGGGGAGCACCAGGACGUCGCUGGUCCACAGGCUGGUUCGGCAGAGCUCAGUGGACAGCCAGGACUCUCUCGAGGUAAAUGUUGAAGACACUGUCGAAAUGUUACCCAAGUCCCGGCGAGCGCUCACAAUCCAGGAGAUCGCUGCCCUCGCCCGGUCCUCCCUGCACGGUAUCUCGCAGGUGGUGAAGGACCAUGUCACCAAGCCCACGGCCAUGGCGCAGGGCAGGGUGGCGCAUCUCAUCGAGUGGAAAGGCUGGUGCAAGCCCACGGACUCCCCGGUGGCUCUGGAGAGCGCCUUCAACUCCUACUCGGACCUGAGCGAAGGGGAGCAGGAGGCCAGAUUCGCAGCAGGUGUGGCCGAGCAGUUUGCCAUUGCUGAAGCCAAGCUGAAGGCCUGGUCCUCCGUGGACGGGGAAGACUCCAACGAUGAAUCCUACGACGAGGACUUUGGGACAAACACCAACAGCACCCAGCCAGCUGAUGCUGCAGGCCAGCUGCCGCCCGGCUCCUUCCUGAAGGAUCUCCUCCACAGCCGCCUGUGCCAGCUCAGCGUCCGGCAGGGCUCCUGCGAGCCCGAGAGCGACUCCUCCCAGACCAUCUCCCCGGAGACCCUGUGCUCCAGCCUGUGCAGCCUGGAGGACAGCCUGCUGCUCAAGGAGCUGGGCUCGCCGGGCGAACUGGCUGCCAAGCUGCUGGGCUCCCUGGCCGGAGGGGAGGAGAUGCUCCUCUCCAAGCUGCCCCCUCAGACUGGAGAAAGUGCCUUCCGGAGCCUGGGACAGCUGGAGUGCCAGGACUCCAUGUACUCCAUGUCCUACACGGAGUCCUGCCUCUCGCCCACGGAGGACGACGGGCUGCCCUGCAAGGACUUCCACACGGCGUGCAAGCUGCACGGGGACAGCUGCGGGGUCAGGAGGAAAGUCUCCGACGUGGCCUCGUCGGGGGUGGUGUCACUGGACGAGGAAGAGGAGGAGGAGGCUGAAGAGCAGUGAACGGGCUUGGUCUGUGGCAUGCUUCACCUGCCAUCUCUGUCCCACUCCGUGACACCCACCCCCCAGGCCCCGUUCCCAGAACCAUCUGUUCUCCUUGUGGGCGAGUCCUGUCUGGGGAUGGCAUGAGCCUUAGCCGGGCAGGGGAGGAUGGUGGAAGGAAAACCCAGCACCCCCACUGGCGGAGACUGUUGAAGCCUGAGGCCUCGCGGCCGGCCGCCGGCUGGAUUUGCUUGCUGCGUCUCUCUCUCCCCUCGUCUGUUUUUUUGCAUGAGAGUGUUUUGGGGAAAACAAAAAACCCUGAAUCGGAGCCGACUGGACCUGACGCCAUCUGGGACGGUUCUGAGCAUGUCCUGCACCCCACCUCCGAACCCCUGGGGAGGCGCCUUUCGCUGUCCGGGUGGCAUGGCUAGUGCUGUUCUAGCAACACGUGUCUGUUCCUAACGAAGAUUAACCGCCCUGCCCUGGCCCCCCAAGCCCCGGUGCCCAGGCGCACCGUGCUGGGCUGCUCUCUACUUGACUUGGGAGGCCGUUUUUCAACCCUUUGGCACAAAACCAGCUCUUUGCUUUUCUCGUACUGGGUUUUAUAUCGUGAACCGACUCAAGGAGACGGCCGAGGGCAGAGCAGGUUUGUCGGGGCGGAGCUGGACAGGAAUCGCCCUCUCUGCUGGGACUCCCCCCCAGUGGGGGAGGGUGGGACGAGGGGGCACGGGCUGAGCUGCGGGGAGUGCGAGAGCAGAUCUUUUUCUAUAUUUUUGUAUGUUGUCUCUGUGUGGCCCUGGCCGGGAAUGUUGGGGAACGCUCCAGGGAGACGGGGGGCAGGGACUGGUACCAGCCCGACCUCGGCAAUGAAGUAUUAACUUACCCAUUGGACAGCUUGGCCUCCGGAGAGCUGCCGCCCGGGGCUGGGCAGUGGGGAGAAUUCAUCUUCCCCGUGCUGGAGUCAAUCUGACUGAUCCCAGGGAUGCUUUCUGCAUGCACAGCCACGGGCAUGCACCUGCGCUCCCACACGUGUGCACACAAACGCAUGGGCACACGCAGACCCCCCCUUGCCCCCACUGUUCACGGCGUGCCAUUGAGGGUGCCCAGCAUUUUACAACCCCCAUUCCCGCCCCGGAGAGCUGACCCUCGGCUCCUGCCGCCAGCGCUGAGUUAGGGGCUGGAUCCAAAUGGGCUGUUCUCUGGGUCGGCCGUGGCUGAAAUCUCCUGGGAUUUCAUGCAAAGCCUCACCCCCCAGCUUGGGCUCAAACCUAGGCCCCAAAUCCAGCCCCGGCAGCCCUUCGGUCUAGCUCUGCGCACCGCUGGGGCACACACGCAGAUCUGAGCGCACAUGCGUACACGGCAGGGCCAGGCGCCUGCAACGGGCCAGUGGGAAACAAAACCCAAGUCUCAGCUGUGGUGAGUGCACCAGGUCCCUGUCCUGCUCGCUGAGGGGGGAGCCCCCUCCCCUCCGGCAGGGGGUCUCAGGCUGGCUCCCGUGGUUCAGGAAUCCUGAGGCUGGAACCCAGAGGGAAUGCAGGGGCCCGGGGGGAUCUCAGCCUCGCCCUGCAGGUUCUCCCAUGCUCUCGUGGCUGUGACGGCCCCCCAGCAUUUGCUGCCCCACAUCAGACUGUAGCUCCAACAAGCCAGCAGGCACCAGCCCGUGAUGUUUCAGAGGACUGGGCUCCUUCACUCAGGCGCUAAAUGGUGCCACGUGACCCUGGGAGACCUCGGGCAUCAGAGCCCCCGCACUGUGCAUGGGCCCACAGCCUGGGGAGAAAGGGCAAAGCCGGGCGGGGUGAGGGGGGACAGCGUGGCAGCCACCCCCAAACUGGGCUUGUUCAUGGUUAAGGGAUCCUGCAGCUUUAAGGGCCCUGCUUGGCGGCUAGCUGGCUAGGAAGGGAGGGCAGCGUCCCUGGGCCUGUGUGGGUGCCCUGGGGGAGGAGGGGUCUGGACCAUGCCCUGCAGGGGGAGCACCCAGGCACUGCCAGCUGGAGAAAGAGUGGCUGGGUCCUGCUGGGGCUGCUCACCCCAGCAGCCCCAGCCCGGAUCCCCAGGGACAGGGAAGGGCCCCAAGCAAGGGGGCUCCCGUGGGCAGCUGUGAGAGCCGCAGCUCCUGCCCCUCCUGCUCCAGCUGCUCCAGCCAAACCCUGGGCCCUAGGGAGCCCCAGCACCCGUGGCCAGCCUGGGCAGUCCUAGGCCCUGAUGUGUUUGGCCUGGCCACUCUUCCCCGCCCCCCAGGCUAUGGCCUCCCCCAUGCACCCAAUGGCUUGUGUUCCCCUCCCCCCAGAAACUAUGACUUGUCCCCUCCCCCGCCCCCCACUGGCCUGUUCUGCCCUCCCACACAUACACAAUGGCCUGUCAUUCCCUCCCCAUGGCCUCCCCACGCACCCAAUGGCUUGUGUCCCCACCCCCAACAAGCUGUGGCUUGUCCUGUUACCCCCCCACACACACACAAUGGCCUGUCCUGUGUCCCCAUGCCACAGUGGGUUGUUUCCCUCUCCCACACACAAAAUUGCCUGGCCAUUCCCGCACACACACUAGCCUGUUCCCUCUCCUCCCCACCCCCACCCCCACCCCCACACUGACCUGCCCCAUUCCCCCUCACACACACUCUAUGGCCAGUUAUCUCCCCCCUCCAUGGCCUGGUGCACCCUGGCCAGUUCUAGUGUCUGCUGUGUUCUGUUUACCAAUGCAAUUCAUUAGAGCAACAGGUGUGCCACCCGUCAGGCACCCGGGGGACCCUCUCCUCCCCAGUCCCUGACCCCCCCCACUUCACGCACUGCCCUGCGGCCCCCAAAUCUGCCAAACACUCCUCCCCCAGGAGCGGGACCUGGGUGCAGGGAGCCCCUAAGAAAUGCUGCAGGCUGGGGCCCCGUGCACACCCUGCGCUGCCCCCGGCUCCCGGGAGCUCCCAGCAGGGCCUGCCCCCUCCUGCUUUACUGGAAUUCAACCAGCAGAUCAAGUGCCUAAACUAGGGUUCAGGCCCGGCCCGUGGAGCUCCGAGGAACUGACUCCAGGCAAGGGGAGGUGGCCUCUGAGCCCAGGGCUCGGCCCACUCCCCAACCUGGCUCUCGAGCACCCAGUCUGUGCCUGCGCCUUGGCAGAGCGUCUGCCUGCCUGGAGAUGCCUGCUGGAUGCUGAGUAGCUCUGGGCAUUGCCCGGGACUGCCCCAGUCUCUGGCCAGUGCGUCUGCUCAGGGUCCGGGAUGGGGAGUGAAUGGGGGUCAAGAU